GAAGCGUUUUUACUCCAACCCGUUGUCUCCUAGAUGCGUGCAUUUAGGCGAUGUAACGUUUCAGGGGCGUUAUCAUGGCGUUCGGAUACGCGUUUGUGAACCUGGAUGAGCAGCACAAACAUGCGAGAAGAAUCCUACUUGACUACUACCCAGUCGUGGCUCAACUCUCUGUUCUUGUCAUUCUGGGCCUUUUCCAGCUUUCCAUUAUCCUAGGCUGGCUGCUUAGACGUUUUCAAGUCUCUGAGAGGUCGAGAUCACCCUCAUUAUCAAAGCGGUUUUCCAGGAAUACACUUUGGGUGCGCAGAUUCCAGCAUGCUCUCGAGACGCUAAGGUGGUGGAUGAGGAAGCCUGUGAUGACGGAGUGCGGAACCAGGGGGGAGUGGAUUCUGGGAGGUUUAUGGACUGUGUGGCUACUGUAUCUUUGCGUGGCUCAGACUGGCAAUGAUUAUUUGCACCUCACAAAGCGAUUCGGUAUCAUUGGAGUGUCUCAGCUUCCUCUGCUUUACCUACUUGCUAUGCGGUCCCCAUACUCACCGCUUCAAAUUCUCACUCGGCGGUCUCAUGAGGAGCUCAAGGCCUCACAUCAGGUGUUGGGACGCAUUAUUUUUUUUCUGUUGGCCUUACACACGGUAUUCUAUCUGAACUUCUUCGUCGUUUCGGGAUUUCUCUCCAAAAGGAUCAAAGAUAGAGAUGUCAUUUUCGGCGUCGUCAGUAUCCUCCUCUUCUCCGUCAUUACCACCACCGCUCUGGGGUUUCUUCGCAGAUGGAACUACCGAGUAUUCUACACAACGCACGUGGUCCUGUCAAAUCUGCUGAUUGUCCCGCUUUUUGUCCACGUAUCGCAUAUUCGCCCUUACGUCUACGAGAUUCUGGUGUUCAAUGGAUUGCACUUUCUCCUACGCAUCCGAAGUACAAAAGUGUAUAGAGGUACGAUCAGCAGGAUAGCCGACACGAAUCUCGUCCAGAUUCGAAUACCGUUACGAGCCGGAGAUGCAGCUUUAAAGUGGAAGCCAGGCCAACACGUGUACCUUACUCGCCCGGCAAGUAGACUGGACUCGACCUCCAGGUUCAGGCAGCUUGCGCGGAAAUGGCAAAUGAAUCCCUUCACCGUUGCUUCGGUUCCUGCCAAAGAUAAGGAGCUCAUGUUGGUUGCAAGAGCUCUGAAGGGUAACACCGCGGGUCUAGCAUCACUGGAACAAUCAUUCUCUACAAAGAAAUCCGAGGACGCUUCACGAAUUGACCUAGCUCUUGAAGGACCUUACGGGUCUUCCAUACGGUUUCCAACCUUCAAGGAGUUUGAUAAGAUCCUCUUUGUUGCAGGGGGUGUCGGAGCUACCUUUGUACUGCCCCUCUACCGGAGCGUGGUCGAAUCAGACGAGUUCAUAGGGUCAGGACGUCCACAAGUACGCUUCGUCUGGGCGGUUCGCAAACUCGCCGAGUCCAGUUGGGCAUUCGAUGCCAGUUACACGGGGGUCGCAGCCAUUAAUUCCUCGGCUCACAACAACGUGCUAGAAUUGUUUGUGACGCGUGCCUCCGGUCCAGAGCUGCAGGUUGGAGAGUACACUGAUCAGAUCGAGUUGGCAGAAAAUGAGGAGUUGUUUUCGGCGGAGGGUCAGAUGGGAAAGCCGCACGAUGGAGUGGUCGUGCGGGCUGGACGCCCUGGGAUUUCUGCUAUUGUGGACGAGUUCUUCAGGCAGCCAGGGCGAACUGCGGUGUUUACUUGCGGGCCGAAGACCAUGACAGAAGAGUUAGGUGAGGCCAUUCAUCAAUGGGUCCGCAAGGGUGAGGAGGUGUAUUGGCAUGAGGAGACCUUUGGUUGGUAGUUGGAAUGGUUCGAAUUCUCUAGUCUGGGGAAAUGUUGACUCCCGCGAAACUCAACCAUACCCACACGAUAUUGACCCGAGGUUGAUUUACGAGGGAGCACAAAAAGGUUUCACAACACCUUAAUGGCGAGAUGUAUGCACAUGUCGUGCUUCCACUAGUGAAC